UACACCCAUCGACGAAUGGCCAUCACAGCCGAUGAUGUAUCCCUGGAGAACAUCAUACCCAUCUCGCUUGACUUUGCCAUCGUCGAAGUUUCCUCACCAGAACAGCUUGUGGUUGUGGGAGCUGAUACCAGGGUGAGAAUGAGCUACAAGGACGAAGAGGUAGAGAUCAGACUUCCGUUUGGGUCCCACUCUCGCCAUUUCCUCGGUGAAGUCAACAAGGCGUGGAGUGAUGUUUGCAGGUCUCCCAUGCAAGUCCCCAAGUUUGAGUGGAUCGACAAGUACAAGAAAACCAGCAGAAGCCAGGAAGCCAUGAAACAAUCCCUUGCACCCCUGGGCAGACCCCAUAAAAACAACCAGCACCACAAAACAGAGAAAUCAUCUGACAAAAAGGAAUCUUUAGAGAAGCUGAAAGCGUUUAAUAGUGCCACACAAAAGUCCAAAGUAUAUUCCAGCCCAGAGAGUUCGGCCAUCUGUAGUCGAGAGGACCGGGAUGAUCUGGUGCGCUCCUCCUCCCACACAACUUCCAACAAAGCUCAGAUUCUGACCAUGCCACAGUUCGGUUUACGGGACAACCUCAUCAAGUGUGAGCUCCUAAAAAACGAGGAGUUUUAUACCUAUCUGGAGGACUUUAGCUUUUUUCUUGGUACGUACAAUGUGAAUGGACAGGCACCAAAGGAAAGUCUCGGUCCUUGGCUGAGCUGCACUCCCAACCCUCCUGACAUAUACUGCGUUGGUUUUCAGGAGCUUGACCUCAGUAAAGAAGCCUUUUUCUUCACUGACACCCCCAAAGAGCCAGAGUGGACAAAGGCGGUGUCCGAGGCUUUGCAUCCAGAUGCUAAAUAUGCCUUGGUGAAGUUGGUGCGUCUGGUCGGCAUCAUGCUUAUCUUCUAUGUGAAGAAGGAGCAUGCAGAGUUCAUCUCUGAUGUGGAGGCUGAGACUGUGGGCACCGGCAUCAUGGGAAGGAUGGGCAACAAGGGUGCUGUUGCAAUUCGCUUUCGGUUCCACAACUCUAAUAUCUGCAUGGUCAAUUCUCACCUUGCUGCCCACGUUGAAGAAUAUGAGAGGCGGAACCAGGACUACAAGGAUAUUUGCAGUCGACUCCUGUUUCGUCAACUCGAUCUUAGCCUGCCUCCACUCACUAUCAUGAAGCACAAUGUUGUUUUAUGGGUUGGGGACCUCAACUACAGAAUUAGUGACCUUGACGUUGAAAGUGUGAAAGAACUAAUCAGCAAGAAGGACUUUGAGUCGCUGCACAAUUAUGAUCAGCUCAAGAGGCAGAUCACUGAGGAGGCUGUGUUUGAAGGCUUUGUGGAAGGAGCGAUUAAUUUCCAGCCCACCUACAAAUACGAUACUGGCUCUGAUAACUGGGAUACUAGUGAGAAAUGUCGUGUCCCCGCGUGGUGUGACCGCAUCCUGUGGAGAGGAAAGAACAUAAAGCAGCAACAUUACAAGAGUCAUAUGAUUCUGAAGACCAGUGACCACAAACCUGUCAGUUCCUUGCUCAUCAUCGGGAUCAAGAGAAUAAACUAUGAAGCUUAUAAGAAAACCUUUGAGGAGAUUGUACGCAAUAUAGACAAAAUGGAGAACGAAUGCAUUCCAUCUGUAACUUUGUCCAAGCGAGAGUUCCACUUCAAGGACGUGAAGUACAUGCAGCACCAGGCAGAGACGCUGAACCUCGUCAAUGAUGGGCAGGUCCCAUGCCAGUUUGAGUUUAUCCAGAAGCCAAAUGAGUCCACAUACUCCAAGCCCUGGCUCACUGCCAACCCUGCCAAAGGCUUCAUUGCUCAGGGUGGCUCUGUGGACAUUGAUCUUGAGGUUUUUGUAAACCGCUCAACAGCCCCUGAUCUUAACUGUGGCAAGGAGAAGAUUGAAGACAUCCUGGUUCUCCAUCUAGAGCGGGGCAAAGACUAUUUUAUCUCUGUAACUGGGAACUAUCUGUCAAGCUGUUAUGGUUCCUCUAUUUAUGCAUUGUGCCAAAUGAAGGACCCUAUUCAAGACUUGCCACAAGAGACCCUCCUUGAACUGUCUUUAAAUGAGAAUGGAGAAACCACUGAAAAGCCUCUUGACAUCCCUAAGGAGCUUUGGAUGAUGGUCGAUCAUUUGUUCCGCAAUGCAGUAAAACAGGAAGAUUUAUUUCAGCAACCCGGGCUUCGGAGUGAGUUUGCUGAAAUAAGGGAUUGCCUUGAUUCAGGGAUGCCAGAUUCCCUCCCGGGCAGUAACCACUCGGUGGCAGAAGCCCUGCUUCUUUUCUUAGAUGCCCUCCCAGAACCUGUGGUUCCUUUCUCUUUUUACCAGCAGUGCCUCGAAUGCUGCUCCAGUGCAAGUCAGUGUGAGAAAGUUAUUUCCAUGCUACCUCAGUGCCAUAAAAAUGUGUUCAACUAUUUAGCUGCCUUUCUUCGUGAGUUGUUGAAGAAUUCAGCUAGCAAUCGAUUAGACGUCAGCAUUUUGGCCACCAUUUUUGCCUCCUUGCUUCUGAGAUCGCCUACAAAGCAGGAUCUUGCAGAAAAGAGGAAGACUCAGGAGUUCUUUCAGCAUUUCCUGACCCAAGGCUUCUCCUAGAUGGACUUUUUAUUUAUUUGUUUUGUUCAAGCUAAACACUAACAGUUGUA